AUGGGUGGUGAGAGCAAAGAUCAUUUCGAUUUGAAACGGCUCAAAUGUGAUGACUAUGGAAUUCCUCAAGAUAUUAGCAAGCGAUACUUUGUCUUCGCGUGGCAAAGAAGUGUUCAAGACCACCUAGCCAUCUUCAGCUUCAUAUCCCUCCAUGGACGAUUCGCAUUUGAAUAUGCGUGCCAAUUAUCAUGGAUUUUGUCAAUGACCUUGAAGAUUUCAAACGGGGAGGGAAGGAGCUUCCGGAAGGAAUCGCAACGGAACCUAUUGCAGAAAGAAAGCAAGAGAUAUUGCAGCUUUUGCGUGAUGUGGAACCAAGUUCUCAUAAUAGCUGGUGACACUGGAUGCGGAAAAAGUACUCAGGUUCCCCAAUAUCUUCUUCAAAAUGGUUACGCUGGUAUAGCUUGUACACAACCUCGUCGAAUCGCUUGUACCGCAUUAGCUCGUCGAGUUGCUUACGAAACGCUCAAUGCAUACGGAAGUGAAGUAGCUUAUCAAAUACGGUUUGAGACCACGAAGUCUAAGAGGACAAAAAUGCUCUUUCUGACGGAAGGCUUACUGCUCCGUCAGAUGGAAAACGAUUCUCUCCUUCAGCAGUAUAAUGUUCCAGGGCGUCUUUUUCCUAUUCAACUUCGAUAUCACCCGAUCAAACAGUAUAUACCCGACAAUGAAAAGAAAAGUCAUAAGAUCGAUCCGGAGCCGUAUGUUAGAAUUCUCGAGCUCAUUGACAAACAGUUCCCCUGUACGGAACGCGGCGAUGCUCUCGUGUUUUUGAAUGGAGUAGCUGAAAUAACUACUGUAGCUGAAGCUAAAGGGACCCUACGCAGAACUCAAAGAGGGGUGGGUGUAUCCUUAUGCUGCCAGCAGUCAGCUGAGUUUCCUCCGUAUUAUAUUUCUCAAUUCUGUUCCGAUGUGGUGGCCGUCUUAGCUUCAAGGACCGCACUAGGCCAGUGCCUUGGAAAAGAUUGCGUUUUUUUUUGUUUUAUCGCGAGCACAUUGUCGGUAGACGAACAAGAUAAGGUGUUCGACGUAGCUCCGCCAAAUGUAAACUUGAUUAAACAUGAAACUGGUAGCGGAACUCAGAAGCUGAGUGAGUUCUGGGUAUCAAAGGCUUCAGCCGAUCAGCGCAAAGGCCGUGCUGGACGUACAGGACCGGGUAUAUGUUAUCGUUUGUAUUCUGAGGAGCAAUAUAAUAAAAUGGAUGACUUCACAACAUCAGAAAUCAAUCGCGUUUCCUUGCAAGAGAUGGCUCUCCGGAUGAUAAGUCUAAAUCUUGGACUGGAUCCGCGAACGUUUCCCUUCAUUGAAAGGCCGGAGGAGGAGAAACUCAAUGAAGCACUGAAUAUACUCAAGUUUCAGGGCGUGCUAUAUCCGGACCGCGACAACCAGCUCACUGCUCUGGGAAGUACGAUCGCCAAACUACCAGUAGACGUAGCUAUAGCGAAGAUGCUCGUUUUGGGUUGUGUGGUAGAUCACGUAGAGGUGAUCCUCACAGUUGCAGCCGGUUUGUCUGUACAAAGUCCUUUCACCAAUCGGUCUUAUCGGGAACUCGAUGUGGUUCAGAGAAGAGAAGGUUUGACAAAUUCCAUGGGUGAUCCCUUCACGCUUAUAGAGAUAUUCAGAGAAUGGAUGCUGCAGAAAUGUACUGUUGGCAAGGCUCGUCGGUGGGCGCUAGAAAAUGGCAUCGAUGAACAUAGAAUGUACGAAAUCAGCAAGCUGAGGUUCCAAUACAGGCAGAUUCUCGAAGACGCUGGGCUGAUUGAGAGGCCCGAUGCGCAUGAGCUGGGAGAAGAUGACUCACGUCAAAGAAGAAUUGACCAAGGAGAUAAGAAGAAGCUCCUCGAUAUGAAGCGCGAAGCCAGAAACCAGGAGAAGACCAGGAAAGUGCUGCGUGCGGACAAGCAUUUCGAUUCGAUCCUCAAUGACGUAGAAGAGGAAGAUCUUGAGAACGAAAAGGAUCCCAUGAAAGCUGAUGUGAAGACAGUCGAAUUCCUGCUGAGCUAUAAGCAAAGGGAUGUCGAAAAAAUUCGCCGAACUCACAAGUUGCGCCGAAAAGAUGCGGAGGUUAUUCGAAUCAUUAUUGCUGCUGGAUUAUAUCCAAAUUACACGUUCCCAGAUCCUUUGAACAAGUAUCAGGUGCGUUCAAGUAUCGAAGAGAGAUCUAGAAGUCGAAUAAUUUGCGGUUUAAUGAUCUUCAUAUUUAGCAUGGCCAGGAAAUGUUUGUGCAUACUAGAAUGGAAACCGUUCACCCUAAUUCAUCCCAAUUCAACAAUGGCGCAAUAUCAUGCAGAAACACUUGAACCUCAUGCUGAUAGUGAAGGGCGGUCAGUGCGCCACAAAAUCUUGUUUUAUGGGCUGCUGUUGGAAACUACAAAACCGUAUAUUUGCAAUGUUCUUCCUCUACCUGCACUCAAUCUCUUAUUAUUCGCGAAGAAGGUAAUUUGUGACGACUGGAAAUCAGUCUUGGUGGACGAAUUUGUGGAGAUGACUUUCAGUCGCGAAUCCCAUUGCAAGGAGAUAUUGCAGAUCACAAUACAGAUAAGGAUGGAGUUGAAUAGAGGCAAGUGUUUGCAAAGAAAGUUAUAUGGCCAGGACUUUAGCGCUCGUGUACUUACCGAUUUGAUUAAUCGGCUUGCAUACCAGCUCUGUGAAGGAGAUAUCGAAAUAUCAAUGAAGCGAAUGGCUCACCCAUCGAGGAACCUGGAGGACGUUGGCUUCUUCACUCCUGAUGGAGAGAUCGAGCUCGAAAUGGAAGACCCAGUAAUAGAUCAGUCGGUAAAGGUUGAAACAGUAGAGGAUGAAGAUGGUGCGGAAAGUGCGGAAGGAAUGGUACGAAUUCUGUUUCUUUCAACAAGACGAACACGUCGUCUGCAAGCGGGGAUGUUCGCUCGAUCAGUGACGAUGCUGUCAAAAAAAGAAAGGAAACCGACGUAUUACGAAUUGUUGCAACAACGAAUGCGAGAACGUGAAGCCGCAGUAGGAGACGACCAAGCACAGGAGAAAAAACCUCGAUUGGAAUUGAUCUCGUGGGAAUAA